ACCUAAAUAUUUUGUUGCGCAACACAGAAUCAACACAAAGUCUGUGCACAAAGUUAGAUCAAGUUGUAUCUAUAUUUCACUAUCCACAAUCCUUUAUUUCAGUUCCUGAUUAAAAAUUUGAUGUAGAAAUGGCUCAUGAUACGUUUAUGGAUAAAAUUAAGUCCUUUUUUGGACUGAGAGUGGAGCCUCCGAAAAAUGACUUCAGGAACCCAAUCUGGGGUUCUGAUGAUGACGACGAUGGCGACGAACUCUAUUCGAGACACCAGAUGGAUAUUUACAGAGAUCCAUUGGACUUACACCAAGAAUUCACAAGGCAUAUGCAAGAUAUGUUCCGAUCUUUUGGUAGUAUGUUUGGCGAUAUGAGAUCGUUUUUCAAUGAUGACCACUUCCAUUCCUUCCCAUCAGUUACCGAAAUACCGGGAAAUCAUCCAGAAGGUGAGACGGAGAAUUUUGAUAGUAAUCGCAUCAGAGAUUAUUACUUGAAGCCUGGCUACCACCACAAACAUGACAGCCCUAACCAGGAUAUAGAUCUGGAUGGCAAAAUCUCUUCCAAUGAUAUUUCGGACUUGUUUAGGCAGAAACAAGAUGGACACAUCAUGCCUUCAACACCUUUUAACGGUAACAUGGUGCCAGGUAGGUCAUUUUGUCAAACAAUAAUAACAACUAGCAUAACUAAACCCGAUGGUACAGUGGAAACCAAGAGAAUUGUCAAAAAUGGCAAUGAGGUUAUUGAGGAAACUAUAACAUCUACAGAACCAACGCAAAGAGGUCCUAGUCCAAGUCUUGAUCCAAUUGCUUCUACGCAAAUUAUGCUAUCACAACUGUCAUCUCUUUUAAAGAACUUUUAUUAAAAAGAUUGUUAACCACAAAAAUCGUAGUAUUAUGUUUGAUAGAAACUUUAAUUUGAAACUAUUUAACUUUAAGAUUAUUCAAAAUAUUUACUUUAAUAUUUGUAUAGCCAGAUCAUUAAUAUAAUAUUUUUUAAAUUUGCUCAAAAUCGUUCAUCAUUCUGGAAACUUCUGUUAUUAGGUAGAUAUAGCUGUUUAGGGGACACCUUAUAACAAGGGAAUACUGGAGGAAUUAAAAGCAAUAACGAGAUAGUUUUGCUGUGAUUGUCACUUAUUUUGCAAAUGUUGUGAUUUUUUAUUCUGUUUGAGAUAAAAUAAAGUACUGCAACUACCAA